AUGCAUCUCCCAUCCCAGAUAACAGCCCUCCUCACCCUCCUCACCCUCACCUCCGCCGCAGCCGUCUGCAAACGCCAAGAAGGCACCUCGAUCUCCCUGAUCGGCUCAGCCCGCCGCUCAGCCUUCUACGCCGCCUCCUCCGCCUUCGUCGCCGCAACACCCCAGCCAAACAGUAUAAUCUGCCCCGGGGUGAUCGGCGCCGCACCCACUGCCUCCGAGCCUGCUGGUGACAAUGUGAGACUCAGGACUGAUCCCAGUGCCAUCAGUGCUUUGGAGCAGAGACAAAGCAUCAGACCCUAUCAGAGUAGGAAUGGGAACAGGAGGACUGAGAGGUCGACGAGUGGGCAGACUGCUACGCCUGUUGUUGAGGGUGGAGAACAGGGGGAGGUGGAGGAGCCUAAGAUGACGGGGGUCGUGGGAGUGAGAGAGGCUCAGGCUCGUCCUAUGGAUCCGCCUUAUGAUGUCAAGGAUCCUAUGAUGUCGGCCACCUCAACUAUGCAGGAGAUCCCCAGCGGAACUUCUUAUUAG